CUUCAGUAAAUGUCAAAAGAAAAUAGAAAAUAAGAGAUGGGAAAUUAUUUUACGAUUUAAUUUAACUUUUUAUUCCAAUAUUAAUUAGUGUGCACAUAAUUUUAGUAAACUUUUACUAUUUACCUUAAUCGUGAGUGUUUUAUUGUGAUAGAAAUGUUUUACAAUUUCUGGUAAAAGACGAGCGACUGAUUGCGGUUUUUUCACCUUUACAAUGCACAAUUUACGUUUUAUUACGGAAUAUUGUGUUUAGUACGUAACUUAUGCACCAGAUUAUUGAAUAAAAUAUAAUUUAGUGGUCGGAAUAAGUGUGGAACCCUUGUAAUUUAAAUUUUUUACCCUGGGCGUAACCUUCGAAAUCUCGGGGCGAAGGCGCGGUGAAUAUGGAAUUUUUGGCUCUUUUCUGAAAUAUAGUAGUGUUUGUUAGUGGUAAAAAUGGCUGAGGACGAAGUGCUAUUCGACGACGUGUAUGAACUUUGCGAAAUAAUUGGCAAAGGUCCAUUUAGUCUUGUGCGUCGCUGUGUCCACCGACAGACUGGACAGCAGUUUGCUGUGAAAAUUGUGGACGUUGCUCGCUUCACUGCAAGUCCUGGGUUGAGCACUGCUGAUUUGAAACGCGAGGCAACAAUAUGCCACAUGCUGAAACAUCCUCACAUUGUGGAGUUGCUGGAGACUUACAGCUCCGAGGGAAUGCUGUACAUGGUCUUUGAGUAUAUGGAUGGAUCUGAUUUGUGCUUUGAAGUAGUACGCCGAGCCACAGCUGGCUUCGUCUACAGUGAGGCAGUCGCAUGUCACUACAUGCGUCAAAUCUUGGAGGCUCUUCGUUACUGUCAUGAGAAUGACAUCGUUCAUCGUGACGUGCGUCCCCACUGCGUAUUGCUCGCCGGUCGCGAUAACUGCGCGCCGGUCAAGCUUGGGGGCUUUGGAGUGGCCGCCCAGCUGCCCACGCCCACUGCGCAUAGAGCUCCACCAGGUCGUAUCGGCACUCCUCACUACAUGGCUCCAGAAGUUGUAUCAAGCCAAUUGUAUGGAAAGCCGGUAGAUGUGUGGGCCGCUGGAAUACUUCUACACGUACUCCUUGUUGGAUAUUUGCCCUUUACCGGGACGAGGGAACGGCUUUUCGAAGCUAUAUGUCGUGGACGAUUACGCUUCGAUGCACCUCUAUGGGACGAUAUUAGUGACGCAGCAAAAGACCUAGUGCAGCGAAUGUUGACGGUGGAUCACACACAGAGAAUUAACAUCCAAGAAGUUCUCAACCAUCGAUGGAUUAGAGAUCGCGACAAGCAAAACCGGGUCCACUUAGCUGGCACAGUGGAAGAGUUGAAGAAAUUCAACAGUCGGCGUCGACUGCGCGCUGCGACCCUUGCGGCUGCCUCUAUAGACGAUGAAGAAGAAGACGAGCAACCCGCGCGGCGCCUGGUCAUGAUGGAGGAGGCUAAUGCUGCGGCUGUGAAUCUUAUAGUGGAGUCCCUGGAUGACGUGGCCGUACUCCAAGACGGCCCCGGCUUUAUGGACCCCGACUUGUUCCACAGCGUGCUUGAUGACCUGCAACUAAGAUCUCUAUUAGAAGUUUACGACCGUAUAGCCUGUACGGUCGUCGUAACGAGCGGCCGGGCGCCCGCCGCGGAGGGCCGGUCCCGGGCCCGGGCGGCCCUGGAAGCGGCGGCCCGGCUCCGGUCAGGUUCCGCGCCGGGUGCCGCCGCUCCGGCCACCGCCACUGCGAUACACGACCUGCGCCGGGUGCUGGCUGUGCCGCAUGUUAAGGCUCUAUUACAAGCGCACGAUGUGGUCGCGCGCGAGGUGUACGGCGAGGAGUCGCUGCGCGCGUCGCCGCCGCCGGUCAACGGCAGGGCGCAGCCCGCGCCCGACGACGAGGACGACACCGAGCCCGAGUUCGAGAACGUGACCCGAGUGCGCCUCGUACAGUUCCAGAAGAACACCGAUGAGCCCAUGGGCAUAACACUUAAGCUAGCAGAUGACGGCCGGUGUAUCGUGGCGCGUAUAAUGCACGGCGGCAUGAUACACAGGCAGGCCACGCUGCACGUAGGUGACGAGAUCAAGGAGAUCAACGGCACGCCCGUCGCUAAUCAAUCCGUUGCGCAGCUUCAAAGGAUGCUGCGAGAAGCCCGUGGAUCGGUUACCUUCAAGAUAGUUCCAUCGUACCGAUCAGCACCGCCACCUUGUGAGCUAUUCCGGAUAAAGCCUUCGCCCGUGCUAAUAUUUGUAAGGGCACAAUUCGACUAUGAUCCUCUAGAAGACGAGUUGAUACCAUGCGCCCAAGCUGGCAUCGCUUUCAAUACUGGAGACAUAUUACAGAUUAUCAGUAAAGACGAUGCCCACUGGUGGCAAGCUCGCAAAGAUGCUUCCGGAGGAUCAGCCGGUCUCAUACCCAGCCCUGAGCUGCAGGAAUGGCGGGCCGCCUGCGUGGCUGCAGAAAAAUCCAACACUGACCAAGUUGGAGCUGAAGGCUGCGUGUCGCAUACCGACGGAUGUGAAAACACAGUCAAUUGUUCGAUAUUCGGACGGAAAAAGAAACAGGCGAAAGACAAAUACUUGGCGAAGCACAACGCUGUCUUCGACCAACUCGACGUUGUGACUUACGAAGAAGUUGUAAAGCUUCCGUCUUUCCAAAGAAAAACGAUAGUGCUGUUGGGUGCCCACGGCGUCGGUCGCCGUCACAUCAAAAAUACGCUCAUAGCGAGACAUCCCGACCAGUACGCUUAUCCUAUACCACACACGACUCGGCCGGCGCGCGCCGACGAAGAGAACGGCAGGCACUACUACUUCGUCACGCACGACGAGAUGAUGGCAGACAUCGCUGCCAACGAAUAUUUAGAAUACGGAACUCACGAAGACGCCAUGUACGGUACAAAGCUGGAGACGAUCCGGCGCAUCCACUCGGAGCGCCGCAUCGCCAUCCUGGACGUGGAGCCACAGGCACUCAAGAUCCUGCGUACGGCGGAAUUUGCCCCCUACGUGGUAUUCGUUGCAGCGCCGUCUUUGAACAAUGUGGCCGAUUAUGACGGCUCCCUAGAAGUGCUAGCCCGAGAAUCAGAACUACUCCGGCGUACAUACGGCCACUAUUUCGAUAUGUCGAUAGUCAACAACGAUAUCGACGACACCCUCGCGCAACUAGAAGCGGCACUAGCGAGGAUGCGCUCCACACCUCAGUGGGUGCCCGUCUCUUGGGUGUACUGACUUACCGACUGUUAUCUUUAAGCUGAUGAUCUGCUAACUGAAUUGGACUUUUUGCUAUAAGGAAUAGGGUUCUAUUUCAUUUGAAGGAAGGUUAGUGCUCCUCUUGGGUGUACAGCUGACUUAUGGACUGCUAUCUUUAAGUUUAUCUGCUAACUGAAUUGAACUUCUUGCUACAAGGAAUAGAGUUCUAUUUCACUUAAAGAGAGGUUAGUGCUCAUAUUGAGUCAACGACCAUAUCGACGAUACUCUCGUGCAACUAGAAGCGGCACUAGCGAGGAUGCGCUCCACACCUCAGUGGGUGCCCGUCUCUUGGUACUGACUUACCGACUGUUAUCUUUAAGCUGAUGAUCUGCUAACUGAAUUGGACUUUUUGCUACAAGGAAUAGGGUUCUAUUUCAUUUGAAAGAAGGUUAGUGCUCAACGAUAUCAACGACACUCUCGCGCAACUAGAUGUCGCACUAGUGAGGAUAUGCUCCACACCUCAGUGGGUGCCCAUCUCUUGGGUGUACAGCUGACUUAUGGACUGCUAUCUUUAAGUUUAUCUGCUAACUGAAUUGAACUUCUUGCUACAAGGAAUAGAGUUCUAUUUCAUUUAAAGAGAGGUUAGUGCUCAUAUUGAGUCAACGACCAUAUCGACGAUACUCUCGCGCAACUAGAAGCGACACUAGCGAGGAUGCGCUCCACACCUCAGUGGGUGCCCGUUUCUUGGGUGUACUGACUUACCGACUGCUAUCUGUAAGAUGAUCUGCUAAGUGCUGUAUUGGACUUUUUGCUACAAGCAUUAGAGUUCUGUUUCAUCUGAAGAAGGUUAGUACUCAUCUAGUUGGCUUACUACAGUUGGUUUUGUCCAGAAGCAUUUUUAUGUAACACCAUGAGCUAUGUAAGUGUCCAUUUGAGAUUCUAAAUGGUUUUAUAAAAGGAGUUUAUUGGUACCUAGUUAUUUUGUUAAAAUUAACAAUAAAUAUCGUAACAAAUAACUUUUCAUACUGGUUGUGGUUAGUUGAACUUAUAGAUUUAUCACGGGAAAAAAUUUAAUUCCAUUCGCAGUUAAAUUCUUUUUUAACAAUAUCGUCGAAGUUCUAGCACGGUCUAUAGUAAUUUGUGCAAAUUCGAUGGUAAACGAAAUCUGAAUUCACAGGUCUAAAGUAGGCCUAUCAACUACUAAGUCUAAAAGAAGUAGGUAUGUACUUCUUUUAGACUUUUCAUUAGUGUAAUCUUUUUGGCGGUUUCUGAAUCUAAAUUUAGUGCGCCUAAUAUGUACAUACGAAGCGGGUAUAUUGCAUACCGUAUUAACAAAUAAUAUAUAUGGUAUAUUACAGAUAUGCUACUUAGUUUAUACAUGAUCAGUUUCAUUAAUGAUUAAUGAUUGCAGGACAUAACGUAAGCCUGAAAUGUUUUCAAUGUAGCAAAAAGUUCAAUUCAGAACAAAAUUAAAGGAAAAUGGUUCUGAAAAAUUCAAAUUAAAGAGACAACGACAUCUAAAAUAAAGUAAUUUAUAAAUUUGAUGUUUUCAUCACGGUUGUAGACUUUUUACAAUUGAAACGUUUUAAAAGAAAGAUCAUGUACUGGCACAAUAUAGAAUUGUUUUUUCGAUGAUUCUUAUGGAUAUAAUAUUAAAUUAAAACUUAAUUAUAACUGAAGUGAACUGGAAUAUUGUUAGUGAUUGUGGCUGGCAAAACUUGUUUUUUUUUUAAAUUAAAGUACAACUAAAUAUUUUAUUUGAAUCAUGUUAUUUAUAGAAUUUAGUACAAGACCUACCUAUUUUUAAAUGUGAAUGUCCAGUCAAUGAGAAGAAUUCUCGAAAACUGAGUAAAAAUAAAGAGUUGAAAUAGAGAGUAGCUAAGUACUUAAGCGAAAAUCAGAAUUUAAAAAAAAAUGAUUUAUAUGUGUUCAAUUUAUUGAUCUUUUUAUAUAUCACCUAACAGCAUUUUAAUUUUCAAUAAGUAGAUAAGUAAACGCAAAACAUAAAAUAUCUUCCUAUUGACUGGACUAAUGUUUCAUUUUUGUAUAAAAAAAAUUACUUAGUGAAAAAAGAACAAAAAGACAUUUCAGUCUGGUUACAUAAGUUUAAAGUUUUAGACCUUUAUUAUGAAUAAAAAAUUACACACUGCUAAUACAUGGCUUGAAAUAUUCUAAUACUUGAAGCAAAUACCCACUUAUCUUUGCUUCAAGUAUUUAGGUAUUAGGAAUCCUCUAUCUUCAUGGCUUAAACACGUCAAAUGUAUGAAAAAAAUGUAUUUAAGCCAUAGAUAUACCUAUAGGUACGUCAGCAUAUAAAUAAAUAACAUUAAUCUAUUGUAUAAGCAGUAUGGAUUUUUUGUCAUUAUUUAUUUAUGUUAUAUUGUUAGUUUUACAGUGUUUAUUUAAGUACAUAAUAAAUAUAUUUGUGAUAAUCCUUGUUAUUAUAUUUUAACUGUUGUGUUAUUGUGUCUUACAUAAAAUAUUUGGUUAUUAACUUUAAAAAAAUCAUUACAUUUUCUUGUUUUGGUACAAUACCGCUCAACAGAUUUUGUGCCAAAAAAAAUUAAUAAUAAAAUCGUAAAGAUUCGAUUGUUCAUUCGAUUUUUAGAACAGUGUACAUAAAUAUUAUAUAUUAUAAUAUAUUAGAUAAAUGACAAGGAGGGGUAACUCGUUAGGGUCUAUUUGUAGCUCAAAAUGUUUACUUCAAAAUUUAAUUCUAAGAUCUAUCCUACUAAUAAGUAGGUAUUAAAAUGGUUAUCCGACAAAGAAACAGUGAAAUAUACCUGUGUUGGCUUUAAUAAAUGAAUUGUACAGAAAAAAGUUUGUUAGUUUUUGGCAUUAGUUUUUUUUUUUUUUUUUUUUGGUAGAAUGCAUUGUUUUUUUCUUUUUUUCAGUAAAACUUCUUCAGACGCGACUUGAGUGUAACGUACAAAAUGUCACUUUCGCCGAAAAUGGAUACCCAUCGGAUCAACUAUUUUGUUGAGGCCGCUAUCUUUUAUCGAGGUGUCCUAGCGUACCAAGUAGUUGCCACAGAAUAAAAGCUCUUCUUUAAUGUAGCAAGUAUUUACUUAGUUUUAUCAGUUUAUGAUUAAAACAUUUUGCCGACCUAAUUUUCAAAAAUGGAAUCCCGCACGUUCAAUGAAUGAUCAGUGAUUUUAUCUAGAUCAGAAAAACAAUAGGAAAGUUACCUAUAUUUGUGAAAUGCCAAUUGAAAAGUGCGGUUUGCACGGAAAAUACUGCGCUACUGUUUCUUCCUACGUUCUUCAUGUACUAAAUUCUUAUAUGAAAUCUUUUCGAAAUAUAUUGAACUAAAAUGAAUUGCCAGCUUGAUGUCACAAUGUGGAGAAAACAGACAGUGGAUUGGAAAUUCCAUUUUGUCUUGGUUCUCAAUGUUAAUGAAAAUGGGGUUAAAUAUGGCGAGUGAGAUCUCAAAAUGUAUGCACCAUAUCUGAAGUUAUCUGCAUUGGCUGUAUAAUACUUACCUUUUUCUUUUUACGCGGCACUUAUUUUCAUUUAGGUACGUCAAAAUACUAGGUACCUACUAAUUAAUAAUUUUGGAAAAAUGUUUCUUGGUUGGAAAACCUUUUUACUAUUAAGUAAAUCACAGGUUUUUAAGAUUCACAGGGUUGGCUAAAAGUAGUCUUUAAUUUUAUAUACUUUCUUUUUUUUAAGUGCCUGUUUUUUUUUGUUUACCUAAGUAUAUAAGUAAGAUGAAAAUUUUAGUUAUCGAAAUUUAGUAAACCUGAUCAUUUCAUUUCAAAUAGCUAAAAAGACUUGAAAAAAAGUACUUAUUUUAAUAUUAAGUACUUAAAUAAUAUCUACCAUUUAUUAUUCGCUUGAUUAUAGUAAAUCAUUAUAUCAAUUAAGUAAUAUUAAAUUUCGAUAACUGAAAAACAAGUUUUAUUGUUAACACGACCGAUAUUUAUUAAUUUAUCAAAAUGCCACGGAAUUUGAAUCAAUUUAUAUAUUAAAGAAUCUUCCAUAUUUUUUUUAAAUUUUAAUCUAUAAUCGCGAUUAUUUUCCGUGGCACUGAUUUCCAUCUCAUAAUAUUCUUCAUUAUUUAUAUUUAAAUUAAUAAUAUCCUUCAUCGAGGCGUCCAUAACACUAUAACGCGAUCAAGGUCAGAAAUCAGAAUAUGAAUGAAUUUCCGCCAUAUUUUUACGUCUUAGCUAGAUAUUCAAUUAAAAUAUGUUUAAAUAGAUUUUGUAACACUAGUCUUGGAAAAAAAACACAAACUCAACAUGGAUGCAAAAUAUUUUCAAAGCAAAGGCAAACUGUAUCUUUUCAAUUAACAGUUUGACAGAUAGAGGUUAUUUUGAUCGCGUUUUAUUAAACUUUUUUCAACACAAUUUUUUCAACGUUUGUGGAAAAAAGUUUUUCAACACAAUUUUGUUUUAAUAGUCGCCUCGUUUUUAAUUUUUAUACGACUUCCAAAAAGGAGUUUGUCAAUUCGCCACGUAUUUUUUCUUCAUACACGAUUGCACUUUUGCAUUCCUGUACAGAUAUUAUAACUACCUACCUAGUAGCGGAUUUUGCUAUAUACUAUCACUAUUACUCUAUUAUAAAUACUUACUUUUAAGUAUUUUAGAAAAUAAGCUCUAAAAAAUCCUUUUUUAUCUUCAACUUUUAAAGGCAGAUUUCAUUAUUCAUUUUUUCAAUAAUCUUUUUAGUAUAGCCAUCGUUCAAAAUUAUAUAUCUAUCCUGUUUUUACUUUGUUAAGAUGUUUCCUUUUUUUGUAUUUAUUGUAUUAUUUUGUGACUUAGCUACAAUAAAAAGUACCUACAAAUAUUUACUUAAUCUAUUUUUAACAUAUAGAUAAUAAUAUAUAAUGUUCAAGGAGUCUGCAUUUAAAAUUUGAUCUUUUCUUUACUUUUAUUUUCAUUCAAUAGGCGGAAGAAUCCUUAGUCGUUAUUAUUAACGUUUUCUCAAUUGAUAACGAUUGUUUUUUUAUUAAUAAAAACACUAUUAGAUCUAAAAAAUGUGAAAUAUAAUAAUAAUUAUAUUAGGUAACGAUAAGUAACGUUUUCUUUAUAACUUUGUUAUAAAAUUAUUUCAAAUUGUCAAAAAAUUCACUAGAUAAGUUAUCAGAUAUAUAUUAAUAAUCUAGGUAAAUUAAUUUAUAAUUACCUACACAAUAUUGAAUUUAUUGAUAGGAUCUUGUGACGAAAUUACGUGCGAGUAGCACUAUUUUGUGUGACGUUUAAAUGUGUUGCUAUACUUAAUAAGUUUAAUUUGUGUCAUAUAGAUUUUAUGUAUAUCAUGUACCAUUUGCUCGCUUUGUAAGUUUGCCAUUUAUAUACAAUAGAUACAUAUAUAUGAGAUCCGUGCAUGUAAUAGUUAUUACUAAUCUUGGACCUAAAGCAGAAUUUAAUUUCUGGAAUAAUUGACAAACUAUAGUGACCAACAACUUGGUUUAUUUCGUUGGUUGUUUAUUAAAAAAAAAAUACUAAUGCAAAAACAUUAAUGACUUAUUUUUUAAACAACACAACACAGUUUAUCAAUGAAAUAUUAUGUUAUUAAAUAGGUAUAUUAGUAACAAAUUAUAUGGCGUGCAUAUUAUUGAAAAUUAUUUACUUAGACAAUGAAUUCAAUACAAAUAUAUUAUUCGAUGUUAGGUAUUCAAUUAUUUUAAAAUAAAAUAUUUAAAUGUUCAAUCAAUAUAAUUAAAUUAUUACCAAAAUAUUUUAUUAUAUGGAUAGAAUCCUACUUUAGGAUAUAAUACCAUUAUUGUGUACUUACUGGUUUUUGAAUUCUAUCAAAUAUUUAAAGUUACCAAAUCCUGGUGUAUCCAGAACUUUUAAUUCGAUCUUAGAAAAAGUUUUUUUUUCCUUAAUGGUUUGAAUUAAAACUACUGUUUAGACUGUGAGUACACAGAAUUGGUGUAACUCUCAAACUAUAUGCAAAGCAUGAUUUUAAUUGUUUAAAUCGAAAUGUUGCAUUAUUAAAUCGAAUUUGUUUAGACCUACUUUGUUAGUUUUUAGACUAAUUCGUUAAUACAUUGUUAAUAAACGGAAUCUAGGUAGAGGAAAACUCAACUUUGACUAAGUUAAGCCAUUAUGUUACUUAAAAAUAUCAAAACAAGUAUUUGAUUUUCUCUUACUUAACCGUUUAUUAAUAAAAAAAUAUAGUAGAAAUUAAUUUUUCGCUGUUAGUGCUACUCAUAUGAAUGAGUGUGAAAGUUUAUCGUAUGUAUGUUAUAAUAAUAUUUAAAUAAGAGUAUUUUCAAUAUAUUAGGAGUACAUCACAAAAAUAAAAACAUUCCAUUACCGUCUUUUUCGUUGUUGAUUAUUAAAUAUGAUAUUUAUUAAUAAUAAUUUUAAUUAUUAAAGUCAUUAGGAUUUAUAAAAUUAAAAUGUUUUAAUGUUUGACAUUAAUAAUUAUUUACAAACUUUAAUAAAAUUGAUUUUGUUGAUACAUUUCUGAAAUAAGUUAAGUUAUAUUUAUUUGUUAAUUCAAAUUAUACCAAAAUAAAGGCUUCGUCAGACAACGCGUAUAUAGCGCGCGUCAAGGCGUAAUAACUGUAGUAAGUCGUGUAUUUUGGACAUCAAACAGGUUAGACGCUAGUACACUCCGACAAGGCUGUUUUGGCACUUGAAUGAGGGCGCUGUUGUAGCUUUAUGCUGACACAGCGAAUUAUCAACAAGUGCACUUCUCAAGAUGGCGGCUUUAGUUCCGAUUUUGGCCACGCGCCAAGAGAGCUUUGUCGGACUGUACCUACGUAGUAGACAAACAAUAUAUCUAUGGAUAGAGCACUCCUUACUUAACGCUAUCCCACCUCGACUGCUGAGCGAGAGGUCGGACACCAAAGAGACCCGACCACUCGCUAUAGUUAUUCAUCCGACUGCGGCAAAGCCAAAAGGAAGGGUUAUGUUUUUAGCUGUCUAUGUAUGUAUGUAUGUUUGUAUCCAGAUUCUGUGUGUUCCACUGUAGCGCCUAAACGACUGGGCUUCUCUUGUUAGUCGAAGUGGGAUAGCGAUAAGUAGGUGUUUGCUUCAAGUAGGUUUAAGGAGCGCCUGAUUUACCUUUAUUGUAAACUCAUGAUACGGACCUUUAUCAAACUUUCAUCCAAGAACGCCGAGCGUAUUUACAGAUUGGUAUUUUUUUCCGUCGUGGCGUUCUGACUUUUGACGUCGUGUACCUACUUAUAGCACGCGAUCUCUUCUUCAGGUUUAAACUCGAAUUAUAGAACAAUAAAAAGCAGCGCUAUAGAACGACGCUAAUCUUCGAUGCUAUUACAUCUUGACACGCGCUAAGUACGCGUGCUGUAUGACGAAGGCUUUACUAUUGUUAUACCCAUCCAAAGACAUUAAUGAAUUUGUAGAAGAAAAUAUCUAUUCGGGAAUAUAAUGUUAGUUAUAACAAGAUAUUGAAACGAAUAUUUAAAAUGGUCAUUAAAAUAAUAGUUACAUGUAAUCUUAGACUACGGAAUAAGAUAGACGAAGCAUAUACUUAGUACAACGAAGAGGUGAAGCCGGAAAAUAAACCUAAGCAGUGGGCAAUUUCUUUUGACUUCGUUAAUUCUUUUAAAAUCCUUCGUCAUAUCUCUUUCUGUAGACUGAUUUAAUGGUAAUAAAAUAUUAAAAUUGUAAUCAUUCAAGUUGAUAUCAACAUUUUUGUUUGUAUCAACUGAUCACAAUAAUCUUAAAUUGCAUGCAAAAUGGAAAUAAGUGUAUUUAAGGUCAGAUGCCUAUAUAUUCCAGAUUGUUUCCCAACAACAUCUACUGACAAUGACUGAAAUAAAUCAUUAUUAUAACUGUUAAAAUUGAAUAAAGAGCACAAAAUAU